AUGGUCAGCGAACAAAGCGGUGUUCUCUCGGGGAAUAAUCCCAUGAGUGUUAAUGCAACUGACCCUCUACAACUAGUCAUAGUACAGGCCUUCAUAAUAGUAGCCUUUACUCUCCUUCUCCAUCUUGUUCUUAAACAUAUUCGUCAACCACGAGUCACAUCUGAAGUGAUAGGUGGAAUUAUCCUUGGCCCUUCUGCAUUGGGUCAUAUUCCGGGAUACAUGGAUCAUGUCUUUCCAGCAGUUUACCUUAACCUUCUGGCUAAUUUGGGCCUGGUCCUAUAUUUAUUCCUAGUUGGUUUAGAAUUGAAUCCAAGGAUAAUAAAAAAUAAUUUAAGAUAUGUUAUUUUUAUCUCUGCAUCCGGUAUAAUAUUACCUUUUGCCUUGGGUGUAGGCGUCGCAUAUGGUAUUUAUGAUACAAUGGGUAUUCAGGGAGUGCCAUUUACUAGUUUUGUGCUGUUCAUUUACGUUGCCAUGACUAUUACGGCUUUCCCAGUCCUCGCGCGUAUAUUGUCGGGGCUGAAACUUAUGAGAACUCCCGUGGGUAAUCGCGCACUAACCUCUACUGUUGGUGACGAUUUCUUGAUUGUUGACUACCCAGAUUCAAUUAUGCUGGAGAACUUAAUUGAAUUCAACCAUUUUAGUAACCCUGAAAAAAUUACCGAGGGCGGAUUUGGAAUAAUUUGCAAAUAUAAGUAUAGAAACUUAACUUGUGUCCUCAAAUGUAGUAAAAAAUCAAAAAACUGUGAGGUGGAAAAAUAUUUACGAACAAUAAAGCUUACAAUAAUUCUCGCUACUUUAUUCGACUACUGGCAAAACUUUUUACGAAGAUAUCAUCAUUUAUAA